AUGAAGAUUAAAAACUAUUUUAUAAUAGUUUUUAUAAUAAUAGUUUUAUCAACAGAUGUAAUAUCAUCUCAAUCAUCGAUCGAGGAUAAAAUGUAUACUUCAUUAAAUAGUUAUCCAUGUACUCGAAUUAUGACAUUGAACGGACAAAUUGGUUGUUCAUCAUCACACGGCGGUGAUAGUGGUAUUCUUUAUUUAAUUGAUAGUGAUGAAUCUUACCACAAUUAUUUUUCAUAUAAUCAACAAAAAGAUAUUAUUGUAGUAUUUGAUUCAAAUUAUUUUAAUAAAACAUUAGUAUUAGAAAUGUAUUCAAAAAAGAAAAUGAAUGGCGCAUUAGUUUUAACAGAUAUUGGAAAAACAUAUCCAUAUUCACCAGAGGAUCAAUAUCCAAUAAAGCAAUUUGGACUUUAUCCUGAUAGUAAUUUAAAUUGGAACCCAAAUGGUGAUGGUUUUACCUAUAUGAAUUUUCCUUUCCCAAUGUUUGCUUUGGAAUUAAAAACUUCUAUUAUUAUUAGAAAUUUAUCAACAAUUAAUAGAGAUGGUAAAUAUCCAGCAUAUGGGGCAGAAUUAGAUAGUUUUAUGCAAGGAGCAAUUAAUGCAGAGACAUGUUUAAGAAGAGGAUUUUGUGAACCAGUUGGUGGACAAAGUAUUUGGUCAUCAUUUUCAGAGGUAAUUGAUCAAAGUAAACCAAUUAUAUUAGUAAUGUUACCAAUUGAUGCAACUGCAUUCUUUCGUGAUCUUGCAACUGGUACGGAUCAAUCUGGGUACGCAUUGACAGUUUUAUUAUCAAUGUUAAACACUUUACAAGGCGUCGAUAAAACCAAAUGGGAUAAAGAGGUAAUUUUUGCAAUGUGGAAUUCAGAGAGAUGGGGUUAUGUUGGGUCAACUAAUUUCGUUAAUGAUUUGUUGAAUUUCAAUUGUACAUCAUUGGAUAGUAAUAAUCAAAAUUCAUGUUCAUCACCACCAAUGUUGGAUUUAACUUUUGAACAAAUCAAAUUUGAAAAUAUCUACGCAAUCAUUGAAUUCAACCAAAUAGGUAGACCAGUAAAUAGUGGUAAGAAAACUCCAAAUAAAUUAGAUAUUUAUAAUUUAGUUUUCCAUCCAAAUGGCGGUGCUGGCGCUAAUCAAUUAAUGGAUGUAUUCUCCCAAUCUACUCAAUCCUACGAAAAUAGUACAAUUCAAUUCCAAAAGACAACUCAAAAUGAACUACCACCAUGUUCAAGUAUGUCUUUUAUUAAAGAGAUAAAUAAAAAAUCAGCACCAAACUUUAUUGGUACCCUUGUUAUCACCGAUCAUGAUUAUCAAUAUAAUAAUCCAUAUUUUGGUGAUGAACAAGAUAAUUCUGGUAAUAUCAAUACAACAACAUCAACUCUCUUUGAUAUGGUUCAAGUAUUCUCAAAAUCAAUCGAUUUAUUAGCUGGUGGUAAUGGUACUGUUAAAGUUGAUGACCUUUUCAUUAGAGAAAUUAAUGUUUGUUUAACUCAAUCUAUUACUUGUAAUUGGGUAACAAAAUUAAUGUCAACUUUUCCAUAUAAUCCAAUUCCAAAUUUUUAUUCUGGUGUUUAUGGUGUAAGCCCAGUAAAUCAUAUUACCCCAAUUGAAACAAGAUUCAUUUUUAGAAUGGCUACCUAUUUAACACAACACCGAACAAACGCUACCAAUUGUACAAGCGACAAUGAUUGUGAUACUUCAAGUAGUAUAUGUGUAAAUAAAGUUUGUUUAUAUUCAAACACUCAUUAUCAUAAUGCAAUUUCAUUAGCUUUUUCAUUUGAUAACUCAAAAUCAUCAUGGACAAUUGUAAAUACUUCAUAUCCAGUUUUUGUUGAAAGCAAUUGGGAUUAUACUACAGUUAGAUUAUUCCAGGUUGGUUCAUAUGCAAAUGAAAUUUGGUUCCUGGUAUCUGGUUUAAUAGAAUUACUUUUAUCAGUUGGAAUAAUUUUUUAUAUUAAAAAAUAUUUAUCUAAAAGAUAUAAACUUUUGUAA